GGGCCUCCGAUCCCGGACCCCCGCGCCAUGCCGUCCAAGAAGACCUUCAAGCAGCGCCGCAGCUUCGAACAAAGAGUGGAAGAUGUCCGGCUCAUCCGGGAGCAGCACCCCACCAAGAUCCCGGUGAUAACAGAGCGAUAUAAGGGUGAGAAGCAACUGCCCGUCCUGGACAAAACCAAGUUCCUUGUACCCUGUCACGUGAACAUGAGCGAGCUCAUCAACAUAAUUAGAAGGCGCUUACAGCUCAACGCCAAUCAAGCUUUCUUCCUCCUGGUGAACGGGCACAGCAUGGUGAGCGUGUCCACGCCCAUCUCUGAAGUGUACGAGAGCGAGAAAGAUGAAGACGGCUUUCUGUACAUGGUGUAUGCCUCCCAGGAGACAUUUGGAACAGCACUGGCUGUGUAAGACCAGAACUAUGCCUAAUGUUUGUUAAGCCCUUACCAAGGA